GGUGACAUCCAAUGGCAGCUAAUCCGUGGGAUCCCGUGCAGGCCCCUGCCGCGUCUUCUCUGAUAGAGAGGUGCCUGGGGGCCGGAGUCCUGACACAGAACAUGCUGGACGAAGCACGGGAAGAGACUUCAUUCUUUAGCCGUGUAGACAAUCUGGAGAAGAUCUCUGCGCUGAAGGCUGAAAUCAGAGAGAAGAGUCUGGAGCUAGAAUUGCUGAAGCUUGAGAAAGAGACUGCAGACAUCACUCAUCCAUUUUUCCUCAGCCAGAAAUGUGAGGCCCUACAAACAAUAAACAGCCAUUUGGAGGUGGUCCUGAGAGAGAAGCGAAGCCUGAGGCAAAGGCUGGCUAAGCCACUGUGCCAGGAAAGCUUGCCUAUUGAAGCAGCGUAUCACAGGUUUGCUGCUGAACUUUUACCCCUCGCUGUUAAAUUCAUUGAGAAUUUAGAAUUCUUUAUCCAGACUAUCCGGAAAAUUCCUCAGAUACCAGACUGUGCUAAGAAUCUGGACAUGGCUUUGGUGAGAAUGGAAUUUCUCGAGGCCGAUUUAGAGGAACUGACCAAGCAGAUCCUAACAUGGAGAGAAAAACAAAAUAACCUUCUUCAGUGCAACUUCCCUGUCAAUGCACAAGCAAGCACCAGCAGUAUGAAAGAAUCUUCGUCUUAUUUAUCAGUUGAAAAUCUGCACCACUAAUAGUCCAGGUUUAUA